CGCCGCCGCCACCUUUUCAAACAUGAACACGCCGGAGUUGUUGGAUGCUGCGUUCGUGCCCAGGCAUUCUUCAUGUCACCCUUCUUCUUGCUUGCAUCCUGGCUUCCUUGCAUCCUGGGUCGUGUUGGGAGCACUGCAGCUUCGCCUCUUCCAUGUGGCGUCGAUUGCGUACCCUUCCUGCCCUCCUCUUCGGCAUGAAGGGCGUCCGAACGAAACGAUGAACCAGAACACAGCAAUGAUGAUGAGGAACGUCGGCGAUAGGGCGACGACAACGGUCUUUUCGUGCUUCGCGAUGAAUGAGUUGUGACAGCCUUCAGCGUGCUGCAGUUGUUUGGCUGUUUUGUUCUUUGUUCCAUUCGACCUUCUGCUGCCAGUGCUGUUGCUGUUGCUUUCAUUUUUGUCAACGCAGCACCUACAGCAACAGCAACAGCAACAGCAACAGCAACAGCAACAGCAACAGCAUCCACAGCAGCUACGGCAUUCCCUUCCCGUGAUUCAAGCCAGCCCCCAAGCCAGUUUGCGACUUUUCCGUGCCCUUUCUUCUUGCUUGCAGUACUGCAGAAGAUGACGCUGCUGUCCGGUGCAGUGGUGAUGCUGCUGCUGGUGGGCAGCCUUGGUUUUGUGCACGAGGUGUCUGCCUGGCCUGCGAUGAUGGCUGCGAUGCGCGGCCGCAAUGGCGGUAUGGACGGCAUGGACGGCGGCGUGAUGGACACCAUCCAGCACCUAAUGCAAAACCACGACAAGAUCACUCGCCAUUACGCGCACACAAGCGCGGGCAUCACGGCCAACACAACGUCCUCGGAUCCGCAGGUUGCCGGCUGGCUGCAGCAGCACGUCACCGAGAUGAAGCACCUGGUUGAAUCUGGCGGCUUCAUCCGCCAGUGCGACCCACUCUUUGUCUCUGUCUUUGAGCACCGCGAUGAGAUAAGCCUGGAAGUCACAAACACGACCCACGGCGUGUCUGUGACAGAACAAGGAACAAGCCCAUGCUCCGUCGCGCUCGUCCAGGCCCACGCCAAGGUGGUGUCCUCGUUUGUCGAGCGCGGUUCCGCCGAAGCUCGCCGCUGCAACCCACACCAAGUGCCCGACAUCUGCUAAACCUAGGCACCUGUCUCCUUCUGCUCCUUUGCUUUCCCUUUCUGCUUUCUGUUUCGUUUCAGCCCUACAGCCAGGUCUUGCAGGUCGGGAUCUGGCCACCCCUCCUUGUUGCCUCCUUGCCUUGCCUUGCCUUGCCUUGCCUUGCCUUCUCCGUCUGCCCUUCUCCUUCAGUUCCUUCUCUUCUUCGUCUCGUUCGUCUCGCUGCUCCUCGUUGCAUCCAUCCCUUCCACAGUUCUUUCGUUCCAUCAAACCAAAGCAACCCCACCACCAGCCAGCACAGCCAGCACAGCCACUCCCUUCCCUGAGUCCCCUCCUCUUUCUUUGUGGUGUCGCUCUCACGAAUGGACUCAACGUGUAAUGAAAAUCAAAGGAAAACAUGACCAAUUUUCACCAACACCAUGGGGAAG